UAAAGAGAGAUUGAGCUCUUUUCCUUUCCGCAGCAACCUACGUGCAACAAACUGCUCUCCCUAGUGUCGCUCGUGUUUCCGACGAUCGUCUGAUCAACUCCUCAGUCCGACGCCAUAUAAAUAACGUCGCCGAGCCGCUGCUGUCCUGCAACACCCUUACGUUGCGGCACUGCUGCUUUGUCGCGACCAGUACCUUCGCCGUGCACCAGGACUCUGUCCAAUUCCGACGCCAUCCAACCACACCUCGCUGUUUCGCUCAACAGUUCAUCACCACCAGCAAACUCCCCGAAUAACUUGCAGGGUCCUUGAUAUUUUCUGAAGGUUUUCCGCCGUUGUGAUCAACAGCCUCGGACGGCACCUCAGUCCCUUAUUGACGUUUUUCCAGCAAUCCCAGCAUCCCGAAAGUCUACCAUCGCGCAUCCCAGCCCGGCACAGCCGAGCACUGUCGCCGUCUCCUCACAGAGCUCACCUCCGUCGUCGUUGCUGUGAGCCUCUUGCUGCCCCUCGCCGUUACCACUCCAUUGCCGGUUUCGCUUGCAGCUUGCCUUUCGUCGGUUCUAGUUCGUGUCUCGCCGGUCACCGUGAUUCUCCUCGCCACCGGUCCGUUUUGGAAACACAUCUUCCGAAUUAGUGAAAGCAAAGACUCACUACUAGACAUGGCCAACAAGGAAACUCAGAGAGAGAAACACUUUGUGCUUGUCCAUGGGGCUGGUCAUGGAGCUUGGUGCUGGUAUAGAGUGGCCACUCUCCUCAAGUCCUCAGGCCACAAGGUCACUGCCUUGGACAUGGCUGCUUCGGGGGUCCAUCCAAAGCAAGCUCAAGAGUUGAAUUCGAUCGUGGAAUAUGCCCAGCCUCUCUUCGGAUUCUUGGAGGGUCUUCCUCCAGAAGAGAAGGUGAUUUUGGUAGGGCAUAGCAUGGGAGGGCUUGUCCUGUCAAUGGCCAUGGAGAGAUUUCCUGAGAAAGUAGAUGUUGCUGUUUUUGCUGCUGCUUUCAUGCCUGGUCCUGAGCUCGGUUAUCACUCCAUCAUUCGAGAGCAUGCUCGCAGAAUGGAAUAUCGCAGGGACUCGGCACCCGCUGCACGACCUCCCACUUCCAUGUCACUUGGAUAUGAUUUACUCUCUUCCAAGCUCUAUCAACUCUCCCCACCUGAGGAUUUGACUUUGGCGUCCAGCUUGGUCAGGCCAUUUCGUCUGUACCCUGAUCAAGCCAAGAUGGAGGAGGAAGUAGCAGUCACAACGGGCAAAUACGGCGGCGUCCGUCGGUUGUGCAUCGUGUGUGACCAGGACCUCACUAUAACGGAAGGCAUGCAGAGGUGGAUGGUGGAGAUGAACCCGCCGGAUGAAGUGAUGGUGAUCUCCGACUCCGAUCACAUGGUCAUGUUCUCUAAGCCACAGGAGCUUCACGAUGCACUUGGAGAGAUUGCUGAACGUUAUUGCUCUUGAGAUCUGCGGCCAUGCGAGUUCUCUCUCUAUCACCAUGAAAAUAAAGUUGGAUCGGUCUAAGGCAUGGUUUAAAUCAUCUUAUUUCCAUCCCACCUGUUUUAAGGUUGUUUUGAGUUUGAACUUAUAUAUAUAUGCUUUAGAAUUGGUCAUCACAAUAAGUUCUCAACAUUGCAAGAAUCUAUGAUCGAAGUAA